AUGCCAGGGGGUCGUAGGGGACUUGUGGCCCCGCAGAAUACAUUUCUUGAAAAUAUUAUUAGAAGAUCAAAUUCACAACCCGAUAGCAGUUUCUUAUUAGCAAAUGCACAAAUUGUUGAUUUUCCAAUUGUCUAUUGCAAUGAAUCAUUUUGUAAAAUAUCUGGUUACAAUCGUGCCGAAGUUAUGCAAAAAUCAUGUCGUUGUACAUUUAUGUUUGGUGAACUCACUGAUAAGGAAACAAUUACUCGAGUCGAUCAAGCAUUGGAACGACAAAUGCAUGACCAAUUUGAAAUAUUAUUAUAUAAAAAGAAUAAAACACCAUUAUGGUUACUGUUACAAAUUGCACCGAUUAAAAAUGAAAGGGAUUUGGUUGUGUUAUUUUUACUUACGUUUAGAGAUAUUACAGCACUUAAACAACCAAUUGAAACAGAUGAUGUUAAAGGCGGAUUAUCAAAAUUUGCUAAGUUGGCACGAUCGGUAACUCGGAGUCGAUCUGUGUUGGUAUCACAAUUUUCAUCACAUUUACCAAAUUUAAAGGAUAAUACAAAGCAAUCACAUUUAGCACAUAUGAUGAGUUUAAGUGCUGAUAUAAUGCCACAAUAUCGACAAGAAGCGCCAAAAACACCGCCACAUAUAUUAUUACAUUAUUGUGCAUUUAAAGCAAUCUGGGAUUGGAUUAUUUUAUGUUUAACAUUUUAUACAGCGAUUAUGGUACCAUAUAAUGUCGCAUUCAAAAAUAAAACGUCAGAAGAUGUGUCAUUAUUAGUUGUUGAUUCAAUUGUUGAUGUUAUCUUCUUUAUAGAUAUUGUUUUAAAUUUUCAUACAACAUUUGUUGGACCAGGUGGUGAAGUUGUUUCUGAUCCAAAAGUUAUACGUAUGAAUUAUUUAAAAAGUUGGUUUAUUAUUGAUUUAUUAUCUUGUUUACCGUAUGACGUAUUUAAUGCCUUUGAUCAUGACGAAGAUGGUAUAGGUAGUUUGUUUAGUGCAUUAAAAGUUGUACGAUUAUUACGAUUAGGACGUGUUGUUCGUAAAUUAGACCGUUAUCUAGAAUAUGGUGCCGCAAUGUUAAUACUAUUAUUAUGUUUUUAUAUGCUGGUUGCACAUUGGUUAGCAUGCAUUUGGUAUUCAAUUGGACGUUCAGAUGCUGAUAAUGGUGUACAAUAUUCAUGGUUGUGGAAAUUAGCGAAUGUUACACAAAGUCCAUACUCAUAUAUAUGGUCAAAUGAUUCAAAUAGUCCUGAAUUAAUAAAUGGUCCAUCACGUAAAACAAUGUAUGUUACAGCAUUGUAUUUUACAAUGACAUGUAUGACAUCAGUGGGUUUUGGUAAUGUGGCCGCGGAAACAGACAAUGAGAAGAUCUUUACUAUCUGUAUGAUGAUAAUUGCAGCCUUAUUAUACGCAACGAUAUUUGGUCAUGUAACAACAAUCAUACAACAAAUGACAUCAGCAACAGCUAAAUAUCAUGAUAUGUUAAAUAAUGUGCGUGAAUUUAUGAAAUUACAUGAAGUACCAAAAGCAUUAUCAGAACGUGUUAUGGAUUAUGUGGUGUCCACAUGGGCAAUGACUAAGGGUCUUGAUACAGAUAAGGUAUUAAAUUAUUGUCCAAAAGAUAUGAAAGCAGAUAUUUGUGUACAUUUAAAUCGUAAAGUAUUUAAUGAACAUCCAGCAUUUCGUUUAGCAUCUGAUGGUUGUUUACGUGCAUUAGCCAUGCAUUUUACCAUGUCUCACUCAGCACCUGGUGAUUUAUUAUUUCAUACUGGUGAAUCAAUUGAUUCAUUAUGUUUUAUUGUUACUGGAUCAUUAGAAGUAAUACAAGAUGAUGAAGUAGUUGCGAUAUUAGGUAAGGGUGAUGUAUUUGGUGAUUCAUUUUGGAAAGAACACGCUGUUGGACAAUCGGCAGCAAAUGUACGUGCAUUAACAUAUUGUGAUUUACAUACAAUAAAACGUGAUAAAUUAUUAGAAGUAUUAGAUUUUUAUCAAGCAUUUGCAAAUAGUUUUGCUAGAAAUUUAGUAUUAACAUAUAAUUUAAGACAUCGUUUAAUAUUUCGUAAAGUUGCCGAUGUAAGACGAGAAAAAGAAUUAGCUGAACGACGUAAAAAUGAACCGCAAUUAGAUCAAACACAAGAUCAUUUAGUUAGAAAAAUAUUUUCAAAAUUUCGACGUGAUCGUGCAUUACACACGCCAUCAAUUCAACCGAAUCCAGCAAUUACAGCUGGUGAUCAUAAAAAUGAUAUCGAAAAAGGUGCAGAUGGUACAGAUGAGAAAAAAGUAUUACAAACAACAAAAUUAUCAUCAGUUAUCGAAAAAGAUGGCCAAUCUGAUGGCGGUGGUGGGGGUUCAUUAAUAACAGUGACAUCGACAAAAAGUUCAAGACCAACUACAGUGCGAACAAGUAAGUGGGGGCGAUUAUUAGGUUCAUCAAGUUUAGAUUCUAGUUCGGAAUGUUCAUCACAACCAACACCAGCAUUCACACGUAGUUUAAGUGCACGUGAUCCUUCAAAAGAUCAUCAUCAACGACCGUCAUCAUCAUCAUCUUCAUCAACAACGAUAGCCACUACGUCAUCUGUUUCAACGACACAUACAACAACUGCAACAGGUGGUUCAGGGAAUAAAAUAUUCCCAAAAUUACAAAAAAUGGCAACUACCACAUCCAUAUCAGGUGUUGGCAUAACCCGUCAAGACACAAUAGAAGAAAUUGUUGAAGUGGAUGAUCGUGAACAUAGACAACGUCAAAUGAGUUUACGUAAAGUAGACAGCUAUGAUGGUGGCUUACGUACAACAGAUCCAUUAGCAUUGUUAUAUGCAAGUCGACAAAUACCAGCUGAUGUGACAGAAUAUAAAGAAAUUAUGAAUAAUAUUAUGGACUUUAAAAUUGAUGUGAAGUUAGAAAUACAACGAUUAAAUCAAAGAAUGGAACGUAUGGAAGAGUUAUUAAGUGAUUUAUGUGUUAAAAUAACAAAUUCAACUUUAGGUGGUGGUGGUUCUAUGUCACAAUCACCUCAAGGUGAAUCUGAUCAAGAAAAAUCCGUCCGACUUCGGUCAUCAUCGUAUACAAUUGAUAAAACUGCUGCUGGUGGUGGAGCAUCUACAACAAGUACUGGUGGUGAUUGUGGUACUGGUUUAGGUCCAAUUAUACUUAAAAAACGUCGCGCAAAAAGUCGAACAAAAGGUGUUGCUCCAAGGGUACCAACAACACCUACUGAUGCAACAACUGCAGGAACAACGAUAGGAAGUAGUACCGUUGGUGGAGGUGAUGGAACAUUGACACCAACAGAUGAAACAAAUGUCAUAUCAUCUAGACGUAUACACAAAGAAUAAAUAAAUAAUAAAUUAACAUGUCUUCGUUGAAUCGCGUCGUAUCAAGGGCUUUGCAACAAUCAAUAAUAAUGAAACGAUUAAUUGAUUGAUUGAUUACG